AUGGUCUACUCCACCAACGGAUCCAUAUUUAACCCCCCUGAAUUGAUCCCUAUGCUGGACCCCAAGACAGUGCUAGAUUUGGGCCGCAAGGUGAUACAAUCCCAGCAGCAGGGAUAUUUUGUGGUCAAACUAGGCACGAUCGCUAAUUCAACAUGGGACACACAGUUAUAUGAGGAUUUUACCACGAUAAUAGACAACGCACAUUUCUUCCCCACGCUAGUGGGGUUUGUGAUUGAGGCCUCUUUGGAAGAACACAAUCUGCCCUUUUUCAAAGCUGCUGUGCGAGACAUGAAGAAGUACCUUGUGCGUAAUCGAAUGAGAUACAUCCCGAUCGGUCUGGAGCUCGCUUCGCACCUCGAUACAACGGUCGACCAGUAUUUUGCGUGUAACACGCUAUAUCCUGUGGACUUCUACUUCUCCAACCACGGCCUAAGUUUCCCCAGCCCGCGAUCGGGCCCAUGUCCUGAAGAAAUGUCCAUUUGCACUUCGUCUCUUCCACACACGCCAAGAGCAUCGAGAUGCGACUGUAUAAUGUCGGCGCUUCGCUGCAUGAUAAACCCAAAGAAGGUGAACCAGGAGUUCAACGAGCUGGAGCGUCUUUGCGACACUGUUUACUGCGGGUCGAUAGAGAACGACGUCAAACAAGGACGCUACGGCAUCUUUGCCAGUUGCACCAAACUCCAAAGACACUCAAUAGCUCUGAAUUUGUACUACUCGUACAAUGGCAACCAGGCUUCGUUCUGCCACGCGGGUGGCCUUGGCAAGCUGAUCGCACACAACUAUUCCAUCGAAAAUUACCAGUCGCUUUACGACUACAACGGCAAGUCAUGCAGACAGGAAAUCAUGGACGACUGGGAUCGAUACUUAGUUGGCAGGGAAAGAAAAAAGAUCACAUCAGGCGAAAGAGACAUGGUCAACGAGGACAUUGACAAUGAAAUCGAAACUCCGUUUAUAAACUCUGCUGGAAGGACGGAUUACACUGGUAUUCUGAAUAUGUUGAUGAUAUUGGUCAUAAUUUCUAUUUGA